AUGACGAAAAGAAACAAACUAGACACGUUUAUCGGCAUAAUACACCACACCGACCCCGUCAUGUCGAAGGAUUCCAUCUGUCCGCGGCGCAAGACGCAGGCAAGAUCUCAUGUCAAAUUCAACGUCAAAAGUAUUGAGGAUGGUUCACUUUACGCCACUUUGAUAAAGAAUUCUGGGCUUCGCCUCUUCGUCAAACCCAUUGAAUGGACCAGUCUUCACCUUACACUUCUCGACAUGGAGUUCCACAAUCUUCCUCCAAUUACUCAGCCUGUACCGACGGUCGGCUCGUCGAAAGCUACGAUAGAUCUAUCUGCUUCGGCACAGGCUCUGCUUGGUGCCCUCAACAACCUUUUGGAAACCAAAUCAACAGAAUGCCGGACACGCUCAAUUCCCACCGUCAUUUCGAUGCUGUACCCUCAGCAUAUUUCAUUUCUAGAGAUUUCUGAACUUCAUCAAUACUUUGGCGGUCGAGCCUAUUGCGUUGAUUGUCCCGUACAGGCAGCCUGGGAUGUAACGCCAGCGCGCUCCAGCUACACGACUGCUAACGGAUCGAUGUCCAUGCGAGCUGAAGAAUGUGUCGAGGGUCCAAUAAUGGAUAGCAUUGAUGGACGUAAUGUAAGAACACAGCCUAUACUUGUCUACGUCGACCUCAAAACAAUCACCGUUACACGGCGUGCUAGAUACAAGCCGCCCCGGAAUAACCCGCCAGUCCGGAGGCUUAGGAAGUUAUUGUACAGAAAGGCAACCCCUCCAAAUAUGGUGGAAGAUCCGUUUCUUGCCGCCGUCAUUCUGGCGUUAGCACAACGGCCCUUCUACAGGGCGGCCCCUCCAUCCGCUGACAAGCCGUUGAUGUCUUCACCCGAAUCGUCAUCUCUCGGAGAGCCUAUAUUUCAAGAUACAACGGUGUGCAUUCUGGCUGUCAAUGACAAGGAACCCUCUGCUCCUUGCUUCAUCUUGUAUAGAGGAAAAGUCAGGAAAGAGCUUUUGCAAAAGGUCCAUAAUCCGACCAAGAACUAUCGAGUAAAAGAAGAAGAGGCAUUAGUUGGAACACUGAAAGGCAGCACAAACACGCAAAUCGAGUACACCGAGGUACAGAUCUGGCCAAUACUAGGACUUAAAGAGCGACUAAGCAAAGCUCUUGGCAAAGAAGUCGCAGGCCCCUUCGAUGAGAAUAAUAUCGAAAUGUGGGAGCAAGACCUGAAGACGAAGACCCAGACCCAGAGCCGAAGAUCCGAAACCGGACGCUAG